AUGGCCGCUAUCACAACAUUGAUAGGAGACGCAGAAUAUUUGAAAGUUGCCAAAGUUAUGAAAUUGAAGAUACCCUACCCAGCAGCAAACCUGUAUGAAGCAAUGUAUCUUUAUGCACUGGCAAUGAACACGACAUUAGACCAUGGAGGCAACAUCUCUGAUGGACAGACUCUAACGGAUGCACUGUGGAACAAAACUUUUUCAACUGUUACAGGUGACGUCUCAUUAAACGCUAAUGGCGACCGGCAGCAGAGCUACAAAGUCGAACAAAUCGUUAGCGGGACUAAUUUCAGUCUAAAGCAAAUUGGUCAGUACCGGUCUGAGGUUGGUUACUAUGAGGAAGAAAGUAGUGUGUCUCCUAUUUGGCCAGGACAAAGACUGGACGCACCUGCGGACAGCCCGGCGUGUGGUUACAGUGGCGAGUUCUGUAAAGGUGUGACGGAAGCGGACAUAAUCCGUAUUUUAAUUUUUUCAUUUGUCUGCGUUGUUUUGGUGGUUCUGCUUAGCUUCCUCAUUCAGCAACUCUAUGUGGGAAAAAUGAGGAAUAAAUUGAAGGAACAAUUUUGGAGGAUCCAUAAAGAAGAUAUAACGUUCAAUGCCACAUCACACUUCACGUUCUCCACGUUAUCGAUCCGAGGGAACAACGACAUUGCGGUCAGCAGACGAAGAGCCAAAACCGGCGAGUAUAAGGGAUCCACGGUGAUGAUUAAAACCUACGAUAACGUCAUACCAGAUAUCAGGAUGGAUGUAAAAGAAUUCCAAAAGUUACGGGAGCUGGAUCACAGGAACGUGGUGAAGGUAUUCGGCUUCUGUAUUGACACCGCUCAUCUCUAUAUCCUCACAGAGUUUGCAUCAAAAGGAAGCUUAAUGGAUAUCCUUGAAAAUGAAGAUAUUCAUUUGGACUGGGAUUUCAAAUAUUGCUUGUUAUUGGACAUUUUAAGGGGACUAGAAUAUAUUUUCCAUGGUGGAAUAAAAUAUCACGGGAACUUAAAGAGCUCUAACUGUGUUGUUGAUGGUCGAUUUGUCCUCAAGCUUGCUGAUAUAGGACCACGGCGUUGGAUCAACUCAAAGGAAAGAUGUGCUAGAGAUUUGCUGUGGACCUCUCCAGAAAUACUGAAGUGUCCAAGAUCACCUAGUGCUUCAAUGGGUCAAGCUGGGGACGUGUAUUCUCUUGGUAUUAUGAUGCACGAAAUCAUACAGCGUAACGGACCGUUCAGUAUUGAGUCAGGUGGAAUCACGCCAGAAAAGAUUAUAGAGUCUGUGGUCAACCAGUCCGCUAAACCAUUCCGUCCAGUGUUUGAGGUCAACUCGUGUCCCGCAGAACUUAUGAAUGUGAUCAAAUCGUGUUGGUUAGAUGUACCCACGGAUCGAACAUUGCUCAAGGAUAUCGUCAAAGGAGUAAAUGACAUUACUCAAAAUAAAUUUAAGCAAGAUAACUUUUUCGAUAACCUACUCAAGAGGAUGGAGCAGUACGCAAACAAUUUAGAAGAGAUCGUUGGACAGCGAACUGAUCAAUAUCUACACGAGAAACGGAAAGCCGAAAAUCUUCUCUACCAGCUGCUGCCAAAGUCCAUAGCAAUUCAAAUCCAGUCAACGGGUUCGGUGGAGCCGGAGUGGUUCCAAUCUGUGACCAUCAUGUUCUCGGACAUUGUCCAUUUCACCUCCUUGUCCGCAGAAUCCUCUCCAAUGGAGAUAGUACAAAUGUUGAACGAAUUGUACUCUGCAUUCGAUGACACCAUUGACGAGUUCGACGUUUAUAAGGUGGAGACGAUAGGAGACGCCUACAUGUGUGUGUCCGGACUACCACAACGAAAUACUUACCAUUUCAAGGAAAUGGCCAAGUUGUCUGUGUCUAUAUUGACGCUGUCCGACUCCUUUGUGAUCAAACACCGCCCUGAUACCGGCCUUAAACUCAGAGUAGGAAUGCAUUCAGGGUCAUGUGUUGCUGGCGUGAUAGGUCAGAAAAUGCCUCGAUAUUGUUUAUUUGGAGACACGGUGAACACCGCCUCUAGGAUGGAGAGUACAAGUGAAGCUUGCUCAAUACAAGUCAGCGAUGUUACAGCAAAGAUGCUGUUGGAUGAUCCCUCCAUGCUGCUUACUCGACGUGGAGAAGUGGAAGUCAAGGGCAAAGGACAAAUGACUACGUACUUUUUGGACUGGAAAAACAUGGAAAAAACAAAACCCUCAUCAUUCAUUACUAAAUGCUGAAGAAGCUGACCACCUGAAGUGGAACUUUUAACCAAGAGUACUACCUUAUGUAUAAAAAUUAUAUUGUUUCCAUCUGUUAAACCGACUGUGGGAGGGAGGAUAGCUUUGGGGCUGAAGAUGUUCACUAUUUCUGUUGCUAUGCCAUUCCGAGCUCUAUUUCUGUUUGGGCUAUAACAUUUAAACGGCUGAAAAAGCAAAGUUCUAGCUCUAAAUCAGGACUUAAAUGUCAAAUAUUUGGUUUACCUUUUCACCCCAUAACCUUUGAACGCCUAUGUCUAUUUUUCAUAAAAUAUCACUUGUCCAACAACUAUAGCAUUCCAUAUACCUACCUGUGUCUGAAAGUUCAUAUUAAUGACAGGAAAUCACCGUGGUGUUUGACUGGGAACGACAGAAAAUCACUGGAAUAUUUGUCGGGGCCCGACGGAAAAUCAUUGGAAUGUUAUCUGGGAACGACAGAAAAUUACUGUAUUGAUUGUCCAGGAACAACAGAAAAUCACUGCAGUGUUUGCCCGGAAACAACAGAAAAUUACCGAAGUGUUUGUCCGGAAAUAAUAGAAAAUCACUGCAGUGUUUGUCCGGAAACAACAGAAACUCAUUGUAGUGUUUUGUCUGGGAACUGCAGUUAACACUGCAUUGUUUGUGCGCGAACAUCAAAAAAUCACUGUAGUGUUUGUCCGGGAACGGCAGAGAAUCAUUGCAGUAUUUGUCCGGGAACGGCAGAGACUCACUGCAUUAUUUGUCUGGGUUAGGCAGAAAAUCACCGGAAUAUCUGUCCGGGACCAAUACAAAAAACUAACAGAAAUUGAUACGUAUUACUAUUAAUUUUAUUUAAUCAUGACACACGUUGGUUUCUCUAGUGUCUGAAAAUGUUUAGAGCGAUUUGACGUUCAAAUGUGCCUUGUUACUUUAUUGCAUAGCGUUUCCCCCGUAACUAACACAUAUCAUAUCUGUGGAUAUUAAGUCCCAUUUUCGUAUAUUUUUGUAUGAGAUUUUUCAUUUGUAAGACGUUACUUUUAUGUUGUCUGGUGCUAUAUAUAAAUAAAUACA